AUAUGAUAGUAUUAUUGAUUUAUUAUCGAUAUUGAUUAAAAAUAUUUUAUUGAUUACGUACGUCAUAAUUUAUUAAAAGAUAAAUAAAAAAAAUAAGAAGGGGAAGUAGAGUUGAAUUACUUACAUAAAAAGAAAUAUUAUAAGUUGUAAUAAAAGUGGUAAAAAAAGGAAAGAAAAAAAAACGUACAAAGAAAUUCCAAAUUGAUUAAAACAUAAGCUUUACAUAUAUAAAUUAUAAAAAAAAAACAUGAUAAUAUUGAUUAGUUUUGAAUGUAAAUAAAUUACUUUUUUAUUUCUUCUUUAAUUAGUCAUAUGUUCUAGAAUUUUUAAUAAAUUUCUCUAGUUCAAAAUCUAUCUUAAGAAAAUGUAAUCAAUGGCCGCGUUAUAAUAUCCUACAUAACUUUGUAGGCUAUGGUUAUUGUCAGUUACAAUGCAUUGAACAUGGCGGAACUCACGGACCAGCCAGUGGAUAGCCAUGUCUCGUGUAAAAUUUUGAUUAUCGGAGGGGGCAUGGCCGGAUUGUCUGCUGCAAAUCAUUUACUGAAAAAUAGUGAAACAGACUUUCUUAUUGUUGAAGCAAGAGGACGUAUAGGUGGCCGAAUUAUAGCAACACAAAUUGGUAAUGAAAAAAUUGAACUUGGAGCAAACUGGAUCCAUGGAGUUUUGGGAAAUCCUCUUUUUGAAAUAGCAAUGGCAAAUGGAUUGGUAGAUAUUAUAAAUAUUCCCAAACCACAUAAAGUUAUAGCUGUUAUGGAAGAUGGAAAACAAUUACCAUUUCCAAUUUUACAAGAAAUAUAUGAAGCCUAUGUGUGUUUUUUAAGACGUUGUGAAGAAUAUUUCUUAAGUGCUUAUAAUCCACCAGAUGGUAUAAAUAGUGUUGGAGCACAUGUGGCACUUGAAACUGAUAUAUAUUUGUCAUCUUUACCAGUUGAACAAAGAAGAAUAAGACAGUUACUUUUUGAUUGUUUGCUUAAGAGAGAAACUUGUAUUACUGGCUGUGAUAAUAUGGAAGAGGUUGAUCUUAUGGAAAUGGGAUCUUAUGCUGAACUACAAGGUGGUAAUAUCAGUCUUCGAAAUGGAUAUAGUGCAAUAUUGGAGCCAAUUACAAAACAUAUACCAAAGAACUGUAUACUUACUAAACACGUUGUUACUAAAAUUAGAUGGCAAAAACAGGAAUGUGAGAAUGAAACAUCUGAUGUAACAACAAAUAGCUCUAGUAGAAAUAAGGUUAUAGAAAUUCAGUGUGAAAAUGGAAGAAUGAUAACUGCAGAACAUAUAAUAUGUACAUUGCCUUUAGGAGUUCUUAAAAAAAAGGCUAAUGAUAUUUUUGAGCCGCCCUUACCAGAUUAUAAACUCCAAGCAAUAAAUAGACUUAUGUUUGGUACUGUAGAUAAAAUAUUUUUAGAAUAUGAAAGGCCUUUUUUAAAUCCUGAAAUAUCUGAAGUUGUGUUUCUUUGGGAUGAUAGAGGAUUGUCAGAAGACGACAGACAAGAUUUAAGUAAAACAUGGUUUAGAAAAAUAUAUUCUUUUAUUAAAAUAUCAGAUACACUUCUUCUUGGUUGGAUAUCAGGAAAGGCUGCAGAAUAUAUGGAACAAUUAAGUACAACCGAGGUUUCAGAAGUAUGUACAUCGAUUUUAAGACGAUUUUUAAACGAUCCGUUUGUACCAACUCCAAAGCAUUGCUUGCGUACUACUUGGCACUCUCAGCCAUUUACAUGUGGUUCUUAUACAUCUAUGGCUGUUGGUGCAAGUCAAGUAGAUAUCAAGAAUCUAGCUGAACCAUUGAUACUGCAAGAUCAGCCUUCCAAAAUUAUGAUAACAUUUGCUGGUGAACACACACAUUCUUCGUUUUAUAGUACUGUACAUGGUGCAUAUUUAACAGGCCGUACUGCAGCUCAAUUGUUACUCGAAUCAAGAAGAAGUGAACAAAAUCAUAUAAGUCUUAGUUGUGAAAAUACUAGUGAUCUUAGCUCAUGGAUUCAAGGAAUAUCUUUAACUUAAAAUUUGAACUAUAUAUAUACAUACAUACAUACAUAUAUAUAUAUAUAUACACAUAUACAUAUAUAUAUAUACAUAUAUGUGCAUGUAUAUAUACAUAUAUAUAUAUAUACAUAUAUGUGCAUGUGUGUAUAUAUAUAUAUAUAUAUAUAGUAUUUUGUUUCCAGACAAGAGCAUUUUGUGUAUUGCUUGAAAAAAGUAAUCAAUACUUAGCCAUUUAUGAUGAAAAUGGAUCGCUUAAUCUAAUACUUCGAAAAAAGAGUAAUUAUAUAAAAUAACAAUCUUAGUUAUAAUUCUAAUCUAUGUGCAUGUUAAACAAUUUUUAAAAAGAUAUAAUUUUUAACUAUCAGAAUUAUCUUUCUUAACAAAUUAUACUUUCUAGCAUUUAUUAAAUUAUUUAAAAAGAUGCAUGUCAUGUUUUUCUUAAAAAAGAGUGUUAUGUUUUGUUUGUGCUGUAUAAAUGAAAGAAAAGUGAUGUAUUUAAAAAAAAAAAUAAAUUGUAGAGCGUAUUAUGACUGAUUUAGGAAUAUUAUGCACAAUGUACAUUUUACUAAUUUAAAAUCUGUUAUUGAUGCUUGUCAGAAAAUUUUUUCUCAAUCAUCUGUUUUUUCUUCAAAUAAUAGUAUUUUGUAAUGAUAGCUUUUAUAUAACUAAAUAAGUGAGCACAUUUUAUUUCGAACUAUUUAAAUGACGUGCUCGUUAUUAAUACUGUAUGUAUGUACAAUUGAUAUAGCAUUUUUAUUUUAUUAUUAAAUUGAUUUAAGAAAUUAAUAUAUUACAGUAAUUCUUAAAGUAUUCAAGAUCACCAUUGUAAACUUAACAGCGUAAUUUAUCAUUGUAAAUGUUCGUUUUAUAAUAGUUUUUAUUUUCAUUAAAUUUAUUUCUGUAUCCAUGCCAAUUCGCUUUUGAACGGUAUUAAAAGAUUGAAAAGUCUCUAAAAGAAAACUGCAUUUUCACAGUGUGUAUGUGUGUGUGCGUAUAUAUAUAUAUAUAUAUAUAUAUAUAUAUAUAUAUAUAUGCACAUAUAAAUUAAUAUAAAUUAAUCUUAAUGAUACACAAUUUCACUAUAGAAAAUUUUGUGCCAUAUUGUGUUCCUUUUUAUUGUGCCUAUAUUUGUAAUAGAAUAAAAAAGAUAUAAAAUGUAACACUUAAAAAUUGCAAAAAGAGACGAACAAACAAUUGUCAGGCGCAAACAAUUUGGCGAACACGAAAUUGCUAUAUUUCAUUAAAUCUCAAAUCAUGAUUAAUUUUUAUGAAAUAAUGUAAAUUUAAUUAACUAUCACGUACUGUAUAUAUAAUAAAAAAAAGAUUAUUUAUAAUAU